AAACCACGCAAACUAAAUACAGAAAAGCGUAAUGAUGAUUCCAAGGCAACCUUAUUCGUUUUCUGGUGUUGUUGCUACCUUGUGUUUCUUCUUCUUGUUUUCCUUUGCUCUACACACACUUGCUUCUCCUACUCUCCAUUAUUGCCGCCAUGAUCAGAGGGAUGCUCUUCUGGAGUUCAAACACGAGUUUCCCAUAAGUGAAUCCAACCCAACUGCUAAUGCUAUGAGUUCAUGGAACAAGAGCAAUGAUUGCUGUUUUUGGAAUGGUGUCAAAUGCGAUGCUAAAUCUGGCAAGGUGAUUUCACUUAACCUUUUUGGCGUCUUUCUCAAUAACACUUUGAAACCAAAUAGUGGUCUUUUCAAACUCCAAUAUCUUCAACACCUAAUCUUAUAUUCUUGCAAACUCUAUGGGGAGAUUCCUUCUUCAUUUGGAAACCUUUCUCAUCUUAGGAAGCUUGACCUUUUGAAAAAUGAAUUAGUUGGUCAAGUUCCAGCUUCAGUUGGAAACUUAACCCAACUAAGUGACUUGAGCCUCGGCGAAAACAAAUUAAGUGGCAAAAUUCCCAUUUCAGUUGCCAACUUAACGAAAUUGCGCAACCUUGAUCUCUCUAAUAAUUACUUCGAAGAGCUCCCAUCUGACAUAAGUGGACUCCACAGCUUGGAGUAUUUUUAUGUGAGUGGAAACUCAUUUUACGGGCCGUUUCCUACAUCCUUGUUCAGGAUUCCUUCGUUACAAUGGGUUCAUUUGGAGGAAAACCACUUUAAGGGACCUAUAGAGUUUGGGAAUAUCUCUUCAUCGUCUACGCUGAAUCGUAUAUACCUUUCUCGCAAUAAAUUAGAUGGCGCAAUCCCUGAAUCUAUAUCUAAAUUUCUCAAUAUGGAAAAGUUAGAUCUUAGUUACAAUAAGAUCAUUGGGCCAAUCCCCACCUCUAUAUCACAGUUAGUCAACCUUACUUACCUUGAUCUUUCUAACAAUAAGAUCAUUGGGCCAAUCCCCACCUCUCUAUCACAGUUAGUCAACCUUACUUACCUUGAUCUUUCUAACAAUAAGUUGGAAGGAGAAGUAGCAGGUUUCUUAUGGAGAUUUGGUGUGGUGAAUCUUUCUCACAACUCGUUUAGCAGUUUUGGAAGCAGUUUUGAAUUAGAAGAGUUUGGUGAACAAGAAUAUGUUUAUUUGGAUUUGGACAUUGAUUCGAAUUUAUUUCGAGGACCAUUUCCCCAUUGGAUCUGCAAGCUUAGAAAAUGGUUAAGGCUUUCUAUAAAUCUAUCCAACAAUAGGUUUAGUGGCUCAAUUCCUCAAUGUUUGAGGAAUUUCACUUAUUUUCCUCAAGCACUUAUUCUGCGAAACAAUAGUUUCAGUGGAACUCUUCCAGUUAUGUCUGCUGAUGCUUCGGUAAAUGCAUUAGACUUCUCAGGAAACAGAUUUUGUGGAAAGAUCCCUGAAUCCAUUGGAUCGUUAGAAGAAUUGAGUAUUCUUAAUUUGUCAAGUAAUGCAUUGACAAGCGAUAUACCUCAACCAUUGGCAGAUUUGAAAAAUCUUGAGGCAUUGGACUUAUCCCAUAAUCAGUUGUUCGGUCAGAUUCCUCCAGAUCUUGGUAAGAUUCAUUCCCUAUUGACCAUGAAUUUCUCCCACAACAAUCUCGAAGGUCCAAUACCACAAGACCAAAAGUUUCAAGACCAGAACUGUUCUUCAUUCAUGGAUAACCCCAAACUCUACGGUCUCGAAAAAUUUUGUGGAAAAACUUAUGUUUCGAAUCCUAUACCAAAAGAGGAACAAGUGAUUAACUGGAUCGCAGCGGCAAUAGCGUAUGGACCUGGUGUCUUAUGCGGAUUUGUGAUUGGAAAUGUCUUCAUUUCCCACAAGUUUCGUAGAAUCAAUCCCCGCGUAGUCAUCAGAAGUGCUCGUUGAACACUUUCUCUUGUCCUUUUUCUAAGCAUUUAUCAAGCAUAUAUGUGUAAGUUUCUGUAAUAAUUUUCUCCAAAAGCUUUUCUGUUUGUGUUGUAAUCUUCUACUUUAUAGUUUUGUUAUAGUCUUCUUUGGUGAUAAAUGAUAUACAUUGGCUCAAAAUUACAGUUCAAACCCUUAAUUCACGCUACAUCAAGUCUAAUGCAAUUUAAUUUUGCAUCGCCACGGAGGCCUAACGUAACGUC